AUCGGGCAGAGCUGCAGAUCGGGUAGUGACAGAUAUAAUUAAUAAUUCCUUACAUUUAUUAUAGCGCUUUAAAUAUAGAUAUAAACACUAGAUGGCUCAUGGGAGAUUUUCCAGCGUAGCUCACCGGCCGCCAUCUUGCUACAGUCAACAGCUACUCUGGUACGCGCUAUGAUAGCUUCUUCUUAUCGUGUCCACAAGGCAGUCAGUUACAGGGCUUGGUUAGAUGUGGUUCAGCCACAGCUGAACACAUUGUUGUCCCUUCUCAUUAAACUCUGCCAAGCUAUGAUAGCUGUUGUAAGGAAAUUGCUGGCUUUGUGUUUACAGAAGUACCUGACUCUGCCGGACUUUUGUGCAGCCUACGGCUGCUCUAAUCGCCGCAGUCUGCAAACAAUAACCCGUGGGAUCACCUUUCACGUGUUUCCCAAAACCGAAGAGAGGAGGCGGCAGUGGGAAGUUGCCCUAAGAAGGGACGGUUUUGUUUCCUCUGGCAGGACGCUGCUCUGCAGUGAGCACUUCAGGAGUGAGGACUUUGACAGGACGGGGCAGACUGUCCGGCUUAAAGAUGGUUUUGUGCCAACAGUAUUCAAUUUCCCAGCUCAUCUUCAAAGGCCGGAAGCAACAAGAAGCACAACCACUUCAAGAAGAGCGGAAGAUGAACCUCAGCCUAAUGUUGUGAGUAUUCUGAAUGUGGCCAAGACCAGAGAGAUGGUCAUUUGAUUUCAGGAGGGUGAGGACGUCUAUUCUACCCCUGUGCAUUCUGGGAGAGGAUGUGGCUGUUGUGGAGGACUACAAAUACCUGGGAGUGCACUUAGACAACGGACUGAACUGGAGGAUCAACACUGAUGCUGUGCACAAGAAGGGGAUGAGCAGACUCUAUUUUCUGAGGAAGCUGAGAUACUUCCACGUGUGUAGCAAGAUGCUGGAGAUCUUCUAGUCUGUUGUGGCCAGUGCACUCUUCUUUGCUCCGGUCUGCUGGGGGGGCAACAUAAGAGCCGGUGACACCAGUAGGAUCAAUAAACUGAUUAGGAAAGCUGGGUCUGUCAUCGGCAUCAAGCUGGACCCCUUUGAAGCUGUGGUGGAGAGGAGGACACUGAACAGGCUGUUGUCCAUCAUGGAUAACCCCACCCAUCCUCUCCACCUGCAGCUGGACAGUCAACGGAGCUCCUUCUCCAACAGACUGCUGCAGCUCCGCAGUGCCAUAACUCAACAAAUCACCUCUGGCUGGAAGAUAACUCUCUGCUCCAUAGUUUCUCUUGAAUAUAACCACGUUGUACAUUUUACACAUAUAUAAUCUAUUUAAUAUUUAACAUUAAUAUUCCAUAUGCCUUAUAUUUAUGUAUAUUAUAUAUAUAAUAUCCUGCCAAACUCAACAUGUAUAUUUUCCUCUUUCUUUAUUUUCUUUAUUUGUCUUGCUUAUUUCCAAUUCAUUGUAAAAUGCCUUGUCCCUUAUGCUGCUGUACCUAAAAAUGUUUUCCCAAAUUGGGAUCAAUAAAGUACCAUCUUAUCUUG